AUGCCGUCUGCUGGUGCGGCCGAUUCGUUCAAGCAAGACGUCGAGAAGAGCAGGGUCGAGCAUAUUGACGCGAUUUACAAUGUCAAUACCUCGGAUACCGAUGUCAAGCAGCCUGAGGUUCCGGAAUUCACGCCUGAGGAGCAGCGCAGGAUCAUUCAUCGGAUUGAUCGGAGGCUGGUCGUCACUGUGGGCGUCAUGUACUGCAUCAGCCUGAUGGACCGCACGAAUCUGUCGGCGGCACAAAUAGCCGGGAUGAGCGUGGAAUUGAAUAUGGAGGUGGGGUACAGAUACUCCAUUGUAACACUGGUCUUCUUCAUCACCUAUGUUAUCUUUCAGCCUCCUUCAACCGUCAUCGUCCGUAAAAUAGGCCCCCGCCUGCAUCUCAGUGUCAUCUGCAUCCUCUGGGGCGCCUGUAUGAUCGGGAUGGGCUUCGUCCACAGCUGGGGAGCUCUGUCCGGCCUGCGUGCCAUUCUCGGCAUCCUCGAAGCAGGCUUCUUCCCCUCCUCAGUCUACCUCCUGAGCACAUGGUACGUUAGGUACGACAUGGGCAAGCGCUACUCCAGCUUCUACAUCAUCGGCUGCGUCGCCUCAGCCUUCGCCGGCAUCCUCGCCUACGGCCUCAUGCAAAUGGACGGUCUCUCCAACCUGGGCGGCUGGCGCUGGAUCUUCAUCAUCGAAGGCAUCCUAACCUGCCUGAUCGGGCUCCUCGGCUACUGGCUGCUAGUCGGCUUCCCCGACAGCACGCAAAAAGCAUGGCGCUUCCUAACGCCCGCAGAAACGGCCUUCAUAAUCGCGCGCGUGAACGCCGACCGCGCCGACGCAACCACCACGCCCUUCUCACUGCGCACGUACGUCGCCGCAGCGCUCGACGUCAAAACCUGGCUCUACGCGCUCGUCUUCUUCAACAGCACGACCAUCUCGUACGCCCUCGCGUUCUUCCUGCCCAUCAUCCUGCGCCAAAACAUGGGCUUCAGCAUCGGCGCGGCGCAAUGCCUGGUCGCGCCGCCCUACGCCUUCGCCGGCCUCGUCAUGUACGCCGCCGGCUGGGCCGGCGACCGGUACCGCCUGCGCGGGCCCGUCGUCCUCUUCAACUCGCUGCUCUGCAUCCUCGGGCUGCCGAUCAUGGGCUUCGCGCACAGUGCCGGCGUGCGCUAUUUCGGCGUCUUCCUCGUCACCGCCGGCGCGAACUGCAAUAUCCCAGCUGCGAUGACGUACCAGAGCACGAAUAUCCGCGGGCAGUGGAAGCGCGCGUUUUGCAGCGCCACGCUGGUCGGCUUUGGUGGCAUAGGCGGUAUUGCGGGCAGUUUGGUAUUUCGCUCCCAGGAUGCGCCUGCGUAUCGCCCGGGUAUUUGGGCGUGCAUUGCUUGCGCCUUGUUUAAUGUGCUGUUGGUUGCGGUGUUGAGUGCGCUGUUUUGGCGCGCGAAUAGGCGGCAGGCUAAGGGUGAGGUGUUGGAACCGACUGGUGCCGAUGAUGAGGGCUCGGAUUUUAGGUAUACGUAUUGA